CACUCAACAACUCCCAAGUGCCGAACCUCACUCCCCCCCUCUCUUCUUUCUUAUUGUAGCUGCUGCUUUCUUCCUUCUGCCUCAAGAAGGUCUCGAUCUCGCCUCGGAUUCCGCUUUCCACACGCCUCCGAGCUCAACCCAGCUAUGCUAAUGGCUAAAUGCUAGUGCCGCGCCCAUCUGCUUCCGCUAAUUCCGUCUUACCUUCCUCCGAGGGCAUUACAUUUGACCAACACACAGCCAGUUGAUUCCUCCAUGAAGCUCAGCAGGGUUUUGCCCCUGGGCUUCUUCCUUGUCGCCACCUUGCAUUCCCUAGCUGUUGCAGACCUCAAUUCAGACAGGCAAGCUCUUCUUAGCUUUGCUGCUACUGUGCCACAUUAUCGUUUCCUCAACUGGAAUCCUGCUUCUUCAAUAUGCGAUUCUUGGGUGGGUGUCACAUGCAACUUGGAUGGCUCUCGUGUGGUUGCUCUCCGACUCCCUGGAGUUGGACUUAUGGGCCCUAUACCUCCCAAUUCUCUUGGUAAACUUGAUGCCCUGAGAGUCCUCAGCCUUCGGUCCAAUGUCCUUAUUGGGAAUCUUCCUACAGAUGUUACCUCUCUUCCCUCACUUCACUCCCUAUACCUGCAACACAAUAACUUGACUGGAAAUAUCCCUACCUCUUUUUCCGCACAGCUCAAUGUAUUAGAUCUCUCUUUUAACAAUUUCACAGGCAACAUUCCUCAAACGUUGUCAAAUUUGUCACAACUCACUAGCUUAAACCUUCAAAACAACACGCUCAAUGGACCCAUACCAGAUCUUAAUCGCCUCACACAUUUGAAUUUGAGUUACAACCAUUUGAAUGGUUCAAUUCCUUCAUAUCUUCGAAGUUUCCCCGAUUCAUCCUUUGCCGGAAACCCUCUGUUGUGUGGGUUACCUCUCAAUCCCUGUGCUAACCCUCAGCCAUCCCCAUCUCCUGCAUCCUCCUCUCCACCAGCAGCAGGCCCACACAAGAAACGUUCAAAACUGAAACUGUCAAAAGGGAUUAUCAUUGCCAUUGCUGUAGGAGGAUUUGCUUUGUUAUUCAUUUUUGCUUUGAUUGUUCUAUGCUGUUGUUUGAAGAAAAAAGACAAUGGUGGAGGCAGUAGUGUGUUGAAGGGGAAGGCAGUCAGUGGUGGCAGGGGCGAGAAGCCGAAAGAGGAAUUCGGGAGUGGGGUGCAAGAACCGGAGAAAAAUAAGUUGGUGUUCUUCGAAGGUUGCUCCUACAAUUUUGAUCUUGAGGACUUGCUGAGGGCUUCAGCUGAAGUGCUGGGAAAGGGUAGUUAUGGCACUGCAUAUAAAGCCGUAUUGGAAGAAUCAACAACAGUGGUAGUGAAGAGAUUGAAAGAAGUGGUGGUGGGCAAGAGAGAGUUCGAGCAGCAGAUGGAGAUUGUAGGGAGAGUUGGUCAGCACCCAAACGUUGUUCCACUCCGCGCUUAUUACUACUCAAAGGAUGAGAAGCUUCUUGUUUAUGACUAUAUCUCGGCUGGCAGCUUGAAUGUGAUGUUGCACGGUAGUAGGGGAGUGGGGAGAUCGCCAUUAGAUUGGGAGAGCAGAGUAAAGAUAGCACUUGGAAUUGCGAAGGGAGUUGCUCACCUGCACUCCGUGGGGGGUGCAAAGUUCAGUCAUGGGAAUAUAAAGUCUUCGAACGUGCUGAUGAUCACAGAGAACGAAGGCAGCAUUUGUGAUUUCGGGCUGGCACCAUUGAUGAAUGUGCCCAUGACUCCGUCAAGAAGUGUGGGGUACCGUGCUCCAGAGGCGAUUGAGACACGUAAGCACAGCCACAAAUCCGACGUGUACAGCUUUGGGGUGCUGAUAUUAGAGAUGCUGACGGGGAAAGCUCCCAUGCAGUCCCCUGGACGGGAUGACAUGGUGGAUCUACCAAGGUGGGUGCAAUCUGUGGUGAGGGAGGAAUGGACAGCAGAGGUAUUCGAUGUGGAGCUGAUGAGAUACCAAAACAUCGAAGAGGAAAUGGUGCAGAUGCUACAGAUUGGAAUGGCCUGUGUAUCUAAAGUGCCAGACAUGAGACCGAGCAUGGAGGAAGUGGUGAGGAUGAUCGAGGAAAUCCGGCAAUCCGACUCAGAGAACCGACCUUCGUCUGAAGAGAACAAAUCCAAUGUCCAGACUCCUUGAUUGCUGAUUCUUUUAAACAGUUAACGUACAUUGAUUUUUCUUCGCCCUGCUAUCAGGCUGUCGAGUGCCGUUUGUGUGUGGGUGUUGGUGAAGUGUAGAUUUAGGAAAGUCGACGCUUCAUUGUGAUUGUUAUGUGUCUAGAGAAAUUGUUUAUCUUCUUUGUUUGUGAUUUCUUCCCUCUUCUCUCUCUUUACAAUUUCUAGUCACUCAGGAUUCAACCGUCUUCUUAUAUUAAAAAAGCAUUCUGCUGCCAGAAGAUUGUAACCUAUUCCUGGUAGUGUUGUUU